UUUAGUUUUUAUAUUUAUAACCUACAAAACAGCUAAUAGUUUAAUUUUUUUUAAGGCGACAUUCAUGGAAACUCUUGUUUUUUAAUUUGUUCUCUGUGAAUAUCAGGUCAGCUGGCAUUAUUUAUCAAGAAAUUCUAUAAUAUAAGUAUAUGGUCAUAGAUGCGAGGUGACAAUUUAAAAACUACAUAUUUUUAAUUCACUAAAAAAUACAAUCAAGAAUAGAAAUAUUACAUGAUGUCAAAUGUAUGUCAUUCAUAGAAAAAAUACUCUCAUCUCAUAUGAUUACGUAUCUACUUGAUAUUAAUUAUAUCAAAAUUAUUAAAUAAACCAACAAUGGGAAUAAAUCUUGUUUACCUUGGGUUACUUAGAUAUAUUAUUAGAUAUUAGCGACUCACUUCCUUUUACAUAUUUUUAUUGUGUGGAAGACAAUAAAAUGAGUAAAGUUAUUAGAAUAAAUCAGUCUUCAAAAGUAUUCUUGUUGGUAAAGACUAGUAGUAUAAUAUUUAAAAUACUUAGAUGAUUAAAUUUUUUAUUUUCAUUGCGACAUGGAUAACAAUACAGAACGUAUUGCUAAACCUUUUCGAACAUUAGAAGAAUUAUAUUCUAAUUUAGAUAAUUUAGAACCCUGGCCAGAAGUUUGUGAGCUACGAGAAUCUGCUGAAUAUGUUUAUAGUGGUCAGGAAAUUUGUCUUGGUGAUGAAUUCGAAAGUUUAUCAAAAUUUAAUCGAGACAAACAACCCAAAACAAUUGUUUGUCAUGAUAUGAAAGGUGGUUACUUAGAAGACAGGUUUAUUGACGGUUCUUCAGCACAAGAUUCAUAUAUUUUUUAUCAUUGGAGUAUUAUUGAUAUUUUCAUUUACUUUAGCCAUUAUACGAUAACAAUUCCUCCGUAUGGUUGGAUCCAUACUGCUCAUAAACAUGGUGUUAAAGUACUUGGUACAGUAAUUACUGAGAGAACAGACGGAGAAAAAGUUUGGGAGCAAGUUCUGUCCUCAAUGGAAGAGACUAAAAAAUUUGCUGAUGCUCUUAUAAUGAUAGCAAAACAUUAUAAAUUUGAAGGAUGGCUUUUGAAUAUUGAAAAUAAAAUUAAUCAUAAUGAUAUUGAUCAAUUGAAAUAUUUUGUUCAAUAUUUGACUUAUGGAAUUCAUAGUGAAAUUGAUAAUGCUGAAAUUAUUUGGUACGAUAGUGUGACAACUGAUGGCAGUUUGCUGUGGCAAAAUAAAUUAAACGAUAGAAACAAAGAUUUUUUUGAAAAUUGCGACGGAAUAUUCUUAAAUUACAAUUGGACUGAUGCUGGAUUAUUAGAAAGUCGUUCAAUUGCUGAAUGUACUAAUAGAACUACUGACAUUUAUGUAGGUCUUGAUGUAUGGGGUCGCGGAUGUCCUGGAGGUGGUGGUUUUAAUUCUAUCGAGGCAUUAAAAAAAAUACGUGAUUGUGAUCUAUCAGUAGCAAUAUUUGCUCCAGGUUGGACUCACGAAUAUUUCAAUGGUCAAACAUUUGAAUUAAUUGAAAAUAUAUUUUGGGCACAAUUACUUCCAUUUAUGUAUAUACACGUACCUAUUUAUGAUAAUGAAAUAUUUGUUACAACUUUUUGUCGUGGAUAUGGUGAAAAAUAUUUUUAUAAUGGAGAAAGCGAUGAGACAUCUUUACCUUUUUAUAAUUUAGCAUGGCAAGAGCCACAAAUUUCAAUACCUAAUUAUCAAUUAAAAUUUACCCAUGUAAAUAUUGUUGAGGCUAAAAAAGAUAAUAAAGAGGCUGAUAAGAAAGACUUACCUGUUUGUACAUAUGAGACUCUAUUUCAUAAAAUAAUAGCUCAAGGCAGUAAAAUACAUAUUGAAGAUAAACCUGAGCAAAAGUCGAUUAACUGUAUUCAAUUUUUUACAAAAUACUCUUACAAUGGCGGAGGCUGUAUUAAAAUAAAUGUGAAUCGUCCUCAAUAUCAUAGAUUGUUUUUAAUACACCUGGAACAUAAUACUGAUAUUCAAGUUAUUAUCAUUCAUCGUACUGAUGAAAAUAAUAAUAUCCAAGACGAUGAUAACAAAGAAAAUUAUCCAGUACUUAUUAUAAAAAAUAAUACAAUGACAAAACGUUUGGAACCAUAUGAAAAUUUUGAAUUAAAUUCUCAGUGGAAGCAGAGUUACUAUCGUUCUACGAGUAUGAAGACAAUCAAUGAGCUUGGAGUUAUUUUUACAAACACAGGAUCUUUUUGCCUUGGAAAAAUUCAAAUUCAGCAAAUGCCCAGGAUUAUUUAAAAAUUGUAUAUUUAACUAUUAUUAUUCUAAUCGUGUAUCUGUUGCAUUAAAACUUUUUGUAUAUGACAAAGAAAUUAAAAGUUACUAU